AUGAUCGCUGGCCGGCCACUGAUCGUCUCUCUCGUGGAUGAUGAAGGGUGCGAGGUGAAACUGGUUCAACGCUCCGUCCCUUCUCGCAUGCCGAGGAAGGACUGGACGGUGCUCGCUCUCCUUAUCUCGUCGAUGAUCAGGAAGGAACUAGGGCAACAAUAUGACAUAGUCGCUGCAGGGAAUUCAAGGGCCGUGACGACUACGGCCAUAGGGAAGGGGCGCCGCGACGACAAAGGCUUCAGGGAGGCCUUGACCACGCUAGUUGCUGGUGCUGGCUGUAGGGAUCAGGGGGGGCCUCCACCACGUUCUUCGCAAGGAGACAGCACGUGGGGGAAGAAGAGAGGCCGCGGGAGAGAAGGAGCCGCGACAGGAGUUACAGGCCGCGACCUCUACGUGAUAUGUAAAAUUAGAUUAGAUCCUUUUUCCAAUAUAACUGGUCAACAUUAA